AUGUCCUACCAAAUCCUCGGUCGUGCCAUCAAAAACGAGUACCUCGCUUUGGGUACCUUCGCCAGCGCAUUCGGUCUCGCGUUCCUCUCGACUCGUGGUGGUGACAAGCAGGCCCCACCUACAACGGUGCAGCAGGCCAAGGCUGAGGUUCCUAUCAACGCUGGUUCCAAGUACGUAUAUUUCAAUCCGUAUCCGUAUCCACCACAAGCUCUUGGGAUGAGGAGGAAUUAUGGAGAUGGAGGGCUGACGACGGAUUGUAGCAUCAAGAAGUUCCUUGCAGAGGCAGAGAAGGAGGGCGCUGGUGCUUCCCAUUAA